AUGCGGUUCCAGGCUCCUCAACUCGGCGCGCUCGGCGUCACCUUCACUGCUCUCCGUGCCGCGCAGUUUCUUUCCCUCGUUGCUAUCAUCGGGCUCACGGCCAACUUCAUUAAUGAGAUUGUUACCGCUCAGCGUGAUGCUCCUGGCGUGCUCAUUGGCACACUGACUGUGGCUAGUACCGCAUCGCUCUACAUUGCCAUCACUUACAUCCUGUACUAUGAUGGCCUGCUGCCACUGCUGAUCGCUGGUGUCUUUGAUUUCCUCCUGCUGAUCGCGACCAUUGUCGUUGCGGCAACAGUGGGCAAGCCCCUUUCCAAGCUCACUUGCGAGAUCCUCCCGGCUGCUGGUACCUCCACGAUCACGUCCGGAUCUACCUUUGUGGCCAGCACCACGGGAGUAUCCUACCGCAGCAUCUUGACCAAGGCUGUCGAUUACUUCACAUUCGUUGCUGUAGAUCAGCCUCACUGCUAUGAAAUCAAGGCAGUCUGGGGCCUGAGCAUCGCCCUUUGUGUGCUUUUCGCAUUCAGCUGCCUGAUCUGCAUUGGUCUCUGGCGCCGCGUCAAGAGCACCAGCGCCGCCGCCCCCAAGGACAUUGAGGAUCCACGGUGGGGACAGGAGCAUCACGGGGCCUCUCGCCCUUUCUUCCCGCAGCCUGGGCACUGGCACUUUGCACAGCGGCCCGGCGGCUUCCCAUCCUACUCUCAUGCCCUCCCUAGCGUGCCCCCACAGGCGCAGGCCGCGCCCAUCCUCCGGUCCAUCGACGAGGAUAUCCAGGCGGUGCCGCCGCCGCCGCCUAUGAUUUACGUACACCGUGCCUCGCGCGGCAGAUCGCUGACUGCCCAGCGCAAGUCUUUGAUGAUGCCCAUAAUUCCAGAGUCUCCCAAGACUCUGGGGCCACCUGCUCAGAAGGCGGGCUCGCCGACCGAGGAUUUCAUCCCCAUUAUUCACAAGCGUGUUCCGCAGAAGAUCCAGACCAAGUUCGCGACGCCGCCAUCAACCCCGAGCGACGAUGGUUUCACGCCCAUCACGCCCGCGCCUUCCAUGUUCUCACCCAAGCUGAAGACGCGCGCACCCCCUCUGAUCUCUCCACGCGAUGCCCUGGGUAUUCCGAUCUCCAAGAUCAAGUCCCUCGCCCGCUCCAAGAGCAGGAACGGCGGCGAUGCGGAUGACCUUGAGCCCCUGAGCCCGUCCGUCGCCAGGGACUUGAACGGGCUUCCAGUGCCUGUGCAGAGCAAGGAGAAACCAAAGAGAAGGACAGUCUGGGGGAUCAUCGACGGCUGGUGGGACCUUGGAUUGCUGGAACGGGGGAAGAGCCUGCGGAGGAAGUAA